AUGGAUAACAAACCUCACCCGCCGUUCAGGUCGUUCUCGCUGGCCUCCUCGGCCUCGCUUAACCUGAGCUCCACAAAUAUCACCAGGGUCCCGUCAGGCCCGCUUCUAACGGUCAAUCUGGCCCUCAAUCGCACAUCCUCGGCUCAAGAUCACAUGUACCAUAAAGCCAAGGUCAUGCUCCGGGCGUUGGGCCAGAUCGAAGGAAUGGGUCCGUACCUCAAUGCUGCUUAUAGUGCUGCUGAAAGAUGUGCCGAACAGCAGGCGCUUGCUUUGCCACAACAGCUUCAAACAGACGGUCUGUCGUCAAACGCGUUCCGGGCUUCUGUGGGCUCCAGCGGCUUUUCCAUCCACCUGGGCCAUUCUCAGACGUCUCAGAACGUCAAGAACAUCGAGAAAAACUGCAUUUUUUCUUUCACCGCUGGCAUUCUCCCGGCCAGCUUGAGCACUGAUCCAGUGACGGAAUUGUGGAAGUUGUUGCAACAGGGCGUGCCGUUGUGCUUGCUUUUCAAUGCAGCCUGCCCUGACGCCCAAAAGAUCGAGUUCGACUCCAAUGACGACCUCAACACCUCCAAAAAGAACGUCUACCUUUUUCUCUGCGAGUACCAGAAGCACCCUAGCUUCAGCGGCGGCGACAUGUUCACCAUCUCAGACGUGUACCUGGACAGCUCCCACGACCUUCUCAGAGUGAUGAAGGUGGUGAGCACAGUCUUGGAUAAGCUCGGCCCCCAGUCGGAUCUGGACUCUAGCAUGCCUGACAUUGGUGAAUUGAAGCUCACUGAUGACAAAUCAAAGGUCUUCCGCGAGUUGAUCCAGACGGAAAGAAAGUACCUUUCGGACCUCGAGCUUCUCCUAGACUACAAGGAGGAGCUUUCCAACGCUGAGGCUAUUUCCAGCGAGCAGCUCCAUAUGCUAUUCCCGAACUUGAGCGAGGUUGUCGACUUCCACAGACGCCUCCUCAAUGGUUUCGAGUGCAACACAAAUGUUCCCACCAAGUACCAGCGUAUUGGCCUGGUCUUCUUGCAUGCAUCCAACGGUCCAUUCAAGGCUUACGAGCCAUGGACCAUUGGCCAAAUCUCGGCAAUCGAGCUCAUCAACCGCGAGGCCCCCAACCUUCGCAAGGCAUCGACCUUGCUUGAUCCAGGCUUCGAGUUGCAGUCCUACAUCAUCAAACCCAUCCAGCGUCUCUGUAAGUACCCGCUCUUGAUCAAAGAGCUCAUCAAAGCUUACAGUGAUUGCGCUGACACAGAGUGCUUCUACGAGCUACAAAGAGCAAGUGUGGCUAUGAAAGACGUCGCCAACCAGGUCAACGAAGCGCAAAGACGUGCUGAGAAUGUGGGCUUCUGCCAGAGCCUCAUGGAGCGUGUCAACAACUGGCGAGGCUUCUCCAUCAAAGACCAAGGCGAGCUUCUAUACCACGCACCCGUCGCUGUCAAGGACGGCGAGAACGAAAAAGAGUACAUUGCCUGCUUGUUCGAGCAGAUUCUCUUCUUUUUCAGCGAAGUGCCCUCGCACGAAUCCAAGCACAAGGAAAAGAAAAUGAGAGAAUUCCUUACGCUGCGGAAGAAGAGCAGCAGCGGUAUGUCGAGCUCCACGGCCAAUCUCCUCGAAAACCUCAACAGCGUCAAGGAUAAAACGUCGCUCGAGUUGAAAGGCCGUGUGUAUGUCUCGGAGAUUUACAUCAUCAACUCACUCAACUUGCCAGGCUACUGGCUCCUGAUCUCGUGGACAGGCAAGAAGGGUAGUGGCGUUUUCAAGUUGCGCUACAAGACAGAGGAAGUCAGGUCUCAGUGGGAAACGUGCUUGAGGCAGCUUAAGCAGAAUGAGAUUGAUGCUCGACACAGGCGCAGCAGGGACUCGAGAGGGUCCUUGACGACGUACGAGGGGCUGGAUGCGGGCAACGAAUCGCCCAUGGCUUACACCGGCCGCAAUGACGGCACACCAUCAACGCAGAGACAUCACUCUUCGUCGUCGACAAUGAGUAUGAUGAAGCUGAGCCGCAACCAGCCUGGAUCGUCACGAGUGUCGAGCUCGUCGACCAACGGGCACCAGACGUCACAUGAGCCGGUGCUGCCCGGGCUGAUUGUGGCUAUCAACUUGAUCUACAAAAAGGCCAGGAUAGAGCAGCCACUUUUGAUCUCGAGCGGGGCCCUGUUCUUUGAGCUCCACCUGCGGAUCUCUGCCCACACGGCGCUGAGCUCGAACGUGGACGAGGACGUUGUGAUCAGCAAGCUCAAGUAUAAGGACGAGGACGGUGACUACGUUGUAAUGGACUCCAACGACGACUGGUCCUUGGCAGUGGACAUGCUUGAGGAGCUUCUCGAGGCGGACGAGUCUGCCGAGAAGGCUUUAACGAUUUGGGUGUCUUAG